AUGAGGCUACAUCCUAGUAAAGGCGGAGCCGCCUCUUUAAGAGUAGGCGCCACUCGCGCCGUCUUAUCCUCUCGCGUGCCCGUCCCUAAGAAUCUCCGGCCGAGACCCCCUCCGCUAGUCGCGCUCUUCACCUCUCCCGCCUUCUUCCGGCUCCUAGUGGUCCUUCUAGCUCUCUCCUUCAUCACUUUAACUGGUCUGUCUUUUGUCGAAAUCGAGGAGGACACUGUCGAGAAAGCGAUCACGCGACAGCUGAUGAGCGCAGAUGAAGACGAUAAGGGCGGCAAGGGAUCGAGCAACGACUUAGGCGUGCACCUCGCGAGAGACGAGGAGGAAUUACCGGAGCAGCUGAAGCAGCGGUCGCGCCAGUCCGACGGCGGGGAAACGGCGGAAGCGGGGGAAGCGGGGGGAGCGGGGGGCGGAGAGGGGGAGGAGGAGUCCGGCGGGGAUUCCGGCGAUCAGAGCGACUCGUUGCACGUGCACGUGCAUUUGAUCGCGUCGUGCGAUGUGGAGUCGGUGGAAGAGAGUUUGGACAUGCUGCAGAGUAAAGUCCUGUGGGAUGAGCACUACGUGCCGCUCACCGUCCUGCUGGACUGCCAUGACCCCAAGUACGAGUCAGCCAUAAUGCUCGCCACCCGCCGCGUGCAGUGGCGCUUUGGCCCCUACACUGUGCGAUCCAACGCCCCUACCAUCGAAACCGCCACUGCCAGAACCGCCGCUGCUGCCGGGUUGAGGGGCGGGAAAGGCGCUGCUGCUGCUGGUGCUGGUGCUGCUGGUGCUGCUGCUGGGGGUGGUGAUGGGGAGGAGAGUGACUGGGCUGUUGUGUUUCCCAGAGACAAAGUCAAGGCAGCUAUAUUCCAGAGUAGGAGGCUGCUCGGAUCUGCUGCUGCUGCUGCUACAGCCGGCGCUGCACGGGGCGGCAGCAGCGAGCUGGCGGCGCUGACCUUCCUGGACGCCUGGCGUCCGAAAUCGGCUCUGGGGAUCGCGUUUUACCUGCAGGACUCGGCGCGCGUGUCGCCCUUCUUCUACCGCUUCCUGGUGGACUCCGUUGAGAUGCUGGCGGGGGCUGCUCCUCCCAGCGAUGACGGUGGGGACAGUGUUGGCGAGCUGUACUCCUCCCCACCGUUCUCCACCCUCUUUGGGAUCAAUAUAUUGGACCCGGGCACAGCACCAGUGCCUCAGCAACCCCCUCCCGUGUGGCACCUGCACCAGGCACUCACCAUCGACUGUCAGUUCGUCUUCCCAACGCCCUGGGAGGAAAUCCUCCUCUGGCGCCGCUCCUUCCCCAACACCUCCUUCACCCUCUCCUCUGCCGUGUCCCACCUCAAAGACGCCGCCUUUGCCAUCUCAGCUGUGGCGGCAAGCCGGGAAGGUUCGGUGAAUCUUCAGGGGAAGUUUCAGGGGCGGGGGAGGGCGGAUCUGGGGACGGAUUAUUUCACCAAGACGUGCCAGGCGGAUCCGGUGCAGCAAAUACACUCAUUACUCGAUAGCCACGGGCGGUUUAAUCUGCUCGCGCCGGAUAUUAACGGGAGCAGCAUGUGCGUCUCAUUAGCACCAAUCAGGAAGCAGGAGGAGCGGGCGAAAGGGUUAGUAGCAGCCGCGGCCAAAGCGAAACGGAAACUGAACCCAAAAGAAGCUGCCGAGGUAGCGAAGGCGAAAAAAGCCAAGGAGGUGUUGCUGGCGAGACUGUUCGACGAUCCGCAGUAUGCGCUAGGGAAAGAGAGCCCCCGGGUUGUUAGAGCGCUGGAGAAAAGCGCAGUAAGUGCCGACGCUUUGCUGAGAACGCCGCGAACGGACAUGUGCGGGCGGCCGGUGCGAAGGGGACUGUACGCCCAAGACGUGAAAGGGCUCCGGAAAAUGCUGUCGGUGAUUCAGACGAAUAACACUGUCGUGGCUGUGAUGACGAGCGUAGGGUUUGCAGAUAUGCUCACCAACUGGCUGUGUUACGUGCGCGAGCUAGGGUUUACGAAUUUCUUUAUUAUUACCACAUCGGCGAAACAGGCAUUGGAUUUGUUCGCCAAAGGGCACGCGGUGUUCCUUCUUCGGCCGUCAUUCAUUCAUCUCAACUCCUCCCUCUCCUCCUCAUCGUCCUCUGCUGCUGCUGCUGCUGCUGCUGCUGCUGCUGAAGCGGCUCAUUUGAGAGCAGCGGCGUAUUUGCAAAGUGCGGGAGGGGACGGGCAGCAGCAGGGGUCGCAGCAGGGGCAGCGUGGGGGGAGAGUGGGACGCACGUUGCUAGGGUUGGAGGGGACAAGGGCAGAAGAGGGCGGUUUGGUGGUGACUUUUGAGUCGACUCAAAAGUCACCUCGUUACAAUGGCACGCGCACGUUGCUGGGGUUGGAGGGGACAAGGGCAGAGGAGGGCAAUUUGGUGGUUGACUGGAGGGAGGGCAGGCAUGGGAACAGGCUGCUGAUGAGUGCUGGUGGAAGCGGUGGUGAUGGGUUCGGAGGGGUUGGAGGGGGUGGGGAUGGAGGGGGAGGGGAGGGCGGGAGGAGGAAGGCCAAGUGGGGGUUCAGGCUGGUGGCAGCGGCUAAGGUGAUGAAACGGGCGGCAAGGCGGGUGGCGACUGCGUCUGGUCUGAGGCGCACUCCCAACAUCACUGUGCCUUUCUCCAUGGAAUACGGGGGGAUUGGAUACAAACAGCUGCUGCUCAAACGCACGCGAUUGGUCGGCUCGAUUCUCAAGAUGGGGUACAACGUGUUGCUUGCUGACGUGGACGCAGUGUGGCUGUCCGACCCGUUCGUCCACAUGGGCAACAAAUCUGUGGACAUUUACGGGCAGCUUGAGCCUUCUGGUCAGCUGUGCGGGGGGUUCCUCUUCCUGCGGUCCACGCCGCGUGUGGUAACCCUAUGGGACCAGGUUACAGGUCUGUACACGCGCACGUUCAACCGCAUGGCUAAAGAGGCACUCUACAAGAAGCCAGAGGAGAUGGGCGCGUGGCUGAAGCAAUUUGAGCACCUGCACGAGCAGCGGUAUUUGAACCAGCUGCUGGGGAAGCGGAGGAGCAAGGUGCAGGACUGGGCGCGCUCAAGAUCCCCAACGGCAACCAGUGGGGCUGUGGGGCUGGGAGGCACCACAGGCUGUGGGCCAGUGGGACUGGACGCGCUCAACUCAAGAUCCCCAGCGGCAACCAGUGGGGCUGUGGGGCUGGGAGGCACCACAGGCUGUGGGCCAGUGGGACUGGACGCGCUCAACUCAAGAUCCCCAGCGGCAACCAGUGGGGCUGUGGGGCUGGGAGGCACCACAGGCUGUGGGCCAGUGGGACUGGACGCGCUCAACUCAAGAUCCCCAGCGGCAACCAGUGGGGCUGUGGGGCUGGGAGGCACCACAGGCUGUGGGCCAGUGGGACUGGACGCGCUCAACUCAAGAUCCCCAGCGGCAACCAGUGGGGCUGUGGGGCUGGGAGGCACCACAGGCUGUGGGCCAGUGGGACUGGACGCGCUCAACUCAAGAUCCCCAGCGGCAACCAGUGGGGCUGUGGGGCUGGGAGGCACCACAGGCUGUGGGCCAGUGGGACUGGACGCGCUCAACUCAAGAUCCCCAGCGGCAACCAGUGGGGCUGUGGGGCUGGGAGGCACCACAGGCUGUGGGCCAGUGGGACUGGACGCGCUCAACUCAAGAUCCCCAACGGCACCUCAACAAUGCAUCCCCCGUUUCCCAGUCCUUGCUCCCCAACCCAACCCCUCAGCGAUUGGAGCAUCUGCUCUGCAUGAGCAGACUUUUGAGUCGACUCAAAAGUCAUCUGCUCUGCACGAGCAGCGAAAGCGGAGGAGCAAGGUGCAGGUGCCAGUGGCUGACAUGCUCAGUGUGCUCCUGCCCUCCACUCCCCUCCCUCUCCCACCUCAGCAAUUCGAGCAUCUGCACGAGCAGCGGUAUUUGAACCAGCUGCUGGGGAAGCGGAGGAACAAGGUGCAGGUGCGAGGGCUGGACGUGCUAAAGUUUCCCAACGGGAAGGAGUUUUUUGUGCAGCGCGCUCCGCAGCAAGCAGAGGUGGCGCCUGUGGUGAUCCACAACAACUACAUCAAGGGGAAGAAGGUGCGUGUGACUGUGGGGCAUGUGACUGUGGGGCAUGUGACUGUGGGGCAUGUGACUGUGGCGCAUGCGAGCGUGGCUGGCACUGUAUGUGUCCGGUGA